AUGCUUCCUCCGAUCCCUUGUGUCGAAGACUAUGGCAUCUCGCCAGUGCGGGGCUUCCUCCCCUCAGAGCUGCCGCUGCAGUGUCUGUCGCAUCCUGUCUAUGAUCGCUGGGAGCGGAUCAUCAACAACUUCCAAUCGUUGUUACUGUCAAGAAGAUUAAGAGCAGUCAUCGAUAAAUUACCAGUCAUCCCCGCAGUCCACCUCGAGACCGACACCGAGUGGCGCAGAGCAUACAGUGUUUUGACCUUUUUGGCACAUGGAUACAUCUGGGGUGGGGACAAACCUUCAGAGGCAAGUCGAUACCCAGCGUCGUGGAAUAAGAAAACGCUGACUGGAUUAAAUAGCGACUGCCGCCAUCUAUCACCUACCCUCUUCUACAAAUCUCCGAGUACCUUGAACUCCCUCCCGUCGCCACCUACGCCGGGCUGGUUCUAUGGAAUUGGAAGCCACUUUUCCUUUCCGACAAUCUUGCGUUCGCUGGACGAACAAUGGUUUUAUUUGGUUAGCGUGGCUAUGGAGGCAAAAGGUGGCCCCUCAAUACCCCUCUUGCUGAAGGCGAUGCAAGCCGCUCGAGACAACGAUGUGGAAACAGUUACAAAGUGCCUCCAGUCCGUUGCUCAAACGCUCGAUGAGCUGGGCACGCUGCUGGUGAGGAUGUACGACAGCUGCGAUCCACACGUUUUCUAUCACCGCAUAAGACCCUUUUUAGCCGGAAGUAAAAACAUGAAAGAUGCCGGACUACCCCGCGGCGUAUAUUACGAUGAUGGGAGCAGGCAGUCAACGUGGCGGCAGUACGGCGGGGGCUCCAACGCGCAAAGUAGCCUGAUCCAAUUCUUCGACAUCGUACUCGGGGUCGAGCACAGGCCUACCGGGUCGAAAAAGGACGAGACCUCGGAAUCAGAGGCCGAGCCAGGCGCCGCCCCGAAGCCCCGAAAUAACUUUAUCCACGAAAUGAGACAGUAUAUGCCUGGCCCUCACCGAAGGUUCCUUCAAGCAGUGGAAGGAGCGGCAAAUAUCCGAGAUUUUGUCGAGUACAACAAAUCGAAUCAACAGUUGACAGUGUCAUAUGAUGCCUGUCUCGCCAUGCUUCGAUCUCUUCGAGACAAGCACAUCCAGAUGGUUUCGAGGUACAUUAUUGUCAAGAGCCGAGAAUCGAGGAGCAUGUCGAGGACGCGGAGAGAGAGCAGCCCUGAUGAAAUCCCUCGGGGCGGCACAGGAAUAGCCUCGAUUCGCUAUGGCCGGCCUGAAGAAGCAGGUUCGACGCAGAAGAAGAAGAAAAUGCGCGGGACUGGUGGCACGGCGUUGAUCCCCUUUUUGAAGCAGGCGAGGGACGAGACGGGCGAGCCAGCAAUUGAUGCCUGGGCCCGCAAACUGCUCAUGGGAGGUCGCCGCACGGAAGCCGACGCCGAGAUUGCAUUCGAGGACAGGAUCACUCGUGCCGAGAAUCUGGACGCUGAUGAACCGCAGAUUGUGGGAAUGGCGGGUGCUUGGGAUCUGGAGGAUGCGGGAGGCGGUCUUUGCGCGUAUUGA